AUGAUAAUUCUGCCUCGCAAAUACUUGGAUGAGAUUAAGCGGUUUCCUGAGAGCCAGAUGAGCUUCAAGGCUCUCGUUAAAGACGCAAUGGCUGGGGAAUAUACUUUCAUCGCAACUCACGAUCAUAGCUUGGUGACUGCUCUGCGGCGUGACCUGACUCAGAACAUAGUUCAUGCCCAUGAGCUGCUCCAGGAAGAAGCUACCUCGGUCGUUAAACAUAAGCUUGGCUUUUGUGGGAAUGACUAUGCACCGGUGAAACUGUUGCCUACGCUGCUUGACAUGGUGUCUUCUAUGACGAGCCGUGUGUUGGUUGGUCCGCCACUUUGUCAUAACAAAGAAUGGCUGGGAUGUCUGUUGAAAUACACUGAAGAUGCAUUCAAAGCUGGUAUGAUUCUGCAUAUGACCCCAAGCAUAAUUCAUCCGCUUUUGAAUUCCCUGCUUCCGCAGCUAUGGGCUGUACGGCGGCACUACGCCACUGUUAAAAGGUUGGUGACGGCCUAUCUACUUGUACGGUACGAUAACUAA